GGGUUUCCCUUAGUUUCGGUGUAGCAACACUCAGACCGAAUCGAUUCAGUAAUGGGCAACCCCCACUGAAAUACCAACUGUAUCCAUUCUGAGUGGAGAGAUUUGGGGAGCUGCACUGUCAGAUGAUGUCAACAACCCUUGGUACAUAGUAGGUAGCUAUCAUUGCUGUUUUCACUCUACGUCCAAGUAUCAAGGACUUUCUUGAGCUAAGUACCAAUCUUGUUGAAAACACUUUUCAUUUCGUACAAGAGCUUUCAAUAUCCAUUAAACCUUUUCAUUUUUCAAUUGACUUUGAACAAAUACUCUUGAAUAUAGUAAUCCCCUCAACCAGAUCAGUUUUCCGUCUCAGACUAUAUAUCGAGCUUGGGCGCCAUCUUUUGGACCUUUUCUUAAUUAUUGCAUACUUACAUUCUAACAAACACAUCGACGAUGUUCCGAACACAACUUCUUCGACAUACAGCUCGUGCUGCCAGAGCUUCAACAAAGGCAGCUUCAUCUCGCACAUUACCAGCUCUAUCCUCAAGACCAAUUCACAACACAGCUUCUCUUCGCGAGAAGCUUGACGAUCCACCCCACGAAGGUUCUUUUGCACGAACUGAUUCCUCUGUACAUGUCGAAUAUCCAGAAGAACAUGAGUUGCCAUCCAGUAAGCCAGUUCAAGGCAGAGGUGGACUUCACUUCAAGCGUACCCUUGCAUCUUUCUCUUUAGAAGGAAGAGUUGGUGUCGUUACCGGAGGUGCCAGAGGCUUGGGACUUGUCAUGAGUCAAGCCAUGGUUAUUAGUGGUGCUGAUAUUGCAAUUGUUGAUAUGAAUAAGGAGGAAGCCGAAAAGCAAGCAGGAGAACUUGUUGCUUCAUUCAAGAGAGAGAACCCAGGAGCUGAAAAGGUUCCAAAGGUUACCGCUCAUUACGCAGAUGUCUCUUCUCAAGAAUCCGUUGAUGCUGCUAUUGCCGAAAUCAUUUCCCAGCACGGAAAAAUUGAUAACUUGGUGACAUCGGCUGGUUUCACCGAGAAUUUUGAAGCCAUCAACUACCCAAUCGACCGAGUUCGAAAACUCUGGGGUGUUAACGUGGAUGGAACAUACCUGUUUGCAAUUGCCGUUGCAAAACACUUGAUAGAGCGUAAGGCUCCAGGAAGCAUGGUGUUUAUUGGCAGUAUGUCCGGUGCCAUUGUCAAUGUUCCACAACCUCAAGCUCCGUACAACGCGGCCAAGGCUGCUGUCCGACAUCUCGCUUCAUCCUUGGCUGUCGAAUGGGCUCACGCUGGCAUCCGAGUCAACUGCAUCUCCCCUGGAUAUAUGCUGACUGCAUUAACCAAGAAGAUUUUGGACGAAAACCCAGAAUUGAAGAAGCAAUGGACUUCCCUUAUUCCACAGGGUAAGAUGGGUCAGCCCGAAGACCUUAUGGGCGCCGUCACUUUCCUCUCGUCAGAUGCAUCUAACUACGUUACUGGAGCCGAUUUACGAGUAGACGGAGGUUACACUCUCACAUAAUCGAUCCUUGUUCUUCAACGGGUCAUCAAGCGUAUUUAUAGCGCCUUUUCUUAUGUUCACAAAAGCAUUAGAUCUUCGAACCCGAGUCAUAUGGGUGGAACUAGCUUACUGCUUCCUUCCCCUUCCUACUCGGCUUAAUGUAGCAUGACGAACUUUAUGAAGUUUCUUUAAACAGCAGGCUCCAAUUUGACAUUCAGUGUGAUGUUAUUUACGUAUCCUACCUACAUACCCGCUCGUCACUCGUGUAAUAUUUUGAGAUAUCACAAGAUCAUCCAUCCAUCCAUCUUUCUCUAUUUGACUUCUGCAACCAUCCCUUACGAUAUCACGUGCAAACCCCCACCUAAGAUCUCUUCUCUUCCCCUUUGCUGGUGCAUACACUUCGGUCUCCAACAUGACACCACAAUGCACAGCAGCAAAAAAACAAUUCUCCGAAUGAACUCGUGACUUUGUAAACUCUUGAAGGUCGGGGGGGGGAUUCUUUCUCUCAAGGAGAUUGGUACUGAACGGAAUGGUCUGGGUGUGUUGGAUUUGAAUGAGUUCUGGGGGGAGCGAGUGGAAUGGAUGAGAUGGGGAACGAUGAAUGGAUGUAGAUGGAGGUUUUGAUAGCGAUGGCAGGGAGGGGGGGAGUUGGGGGAGAUAGGUAAAUAGAAUGGAAAAGAACAGAAAGUCUUGAUUUGCUCACUUUACUCUAUUAGAGUGCGGUCGCCGGGUCCUUGUAGCUAGCUAUGUAGGAUUGUAGUGGGGAGAGAGGAGGGAAGGGGGGGUUGUGUGAAUGGUAUGGCGUGGGAUGUGAUGGGAUGAAUGAAUCAAUAGGUAGGCUGUGGAUGGAUCGAAAUAGAUCUUACACGCUCGAGGGAUAGCUAGGUAUCUAGGGAUAUGAAUAGUCAAAUGACUUGGGAUUGAUUACUCAAAUGAAGAAUGAGGAGUGUUGAAUAUUGAAUAUUGCCUAGGUAGGUAUCUGUCAAGUCCGAGUCAAGUCCGAGUCCGAGUCUUGAGCUACAGUUACAGUUACAGCUACAAUUGUAAUUAUAGUAUUUA